CCACAUGGUCUCAGUGCUCUUCCUGGUCUUUCUGAUCUCCCUGCUCGUCUCGGUCUUGUUGCUUGUCCUGGUCAUCUUGAUCUUAAUUCUCAUCCCGGUCAUCCUAGUCUUCCUGUCUGAUUGCAAGUUGGCCACUCUGUACUUUAAGGCUGUCGACUUUACGCAGUUUACGAAGUAGCCUCGGUCUAAAGUUAAUUCGGGUUCUGAAGUGGAUCAGGAGUCAUGGCGCCGAAGAGGAGGGCUGCGGCCUCCCGCAAGGCAGGAGGGAAGAAGGUGAAGGCGGAGCCGGAGGAGGAGACGCCAAAGCCCCAGGACGCCUUCAGGGCGGCCAAGGAGGCCCUGAAGGCGGCCGGGCCGGAGGUCAAGGGGAGCAGGAAGGUGGAUGAGCGAUGCGGUAUCCCCAGUGCCGAGGUGUUUGAAGACUACGACUGUAUGCUGAACCAGACCAACAUUGAAGACAACAAGAACAACAACAAGUUCUACGUGAUCCAGGUCCUCAAGGCAGACGAUUCCUACUACUGCUGGAGCCGCUGGGGCCGCGUGGGAGAGGCGGGGAAAGGGGCGGCCUCCAGCCCCUACAGCUCAGACCAGGCCAUCAAGGACUUUGAGAAGAAGUUCAAAGACAAGACGAAGAACAACUGGGCGGACCGGGACAACUUCGUGGCCCAGAAGGGGAAGUACACCCUGAUCGAGGUGGACGGGGACGCUGACGCCGAGAUCAAGGUGGACGAGGUGGACGGGAAGGCGGUGAAGAUCGUCAAGAACGUCCUUCCAGUCACUCUGGACCCUCCGACCCAGAAGCUGGUGGAACUCAUCUUCAGCCAAAACAUGUUCAAAGAAGCGAUGGAAUGCAUGAACUUGGACAUUAAGAAGAUGCCCUUAGGCAAGCUGAGUAAGAUGCAGAUCGCCAAGGGCUUCGAGGUGCUGGAGGAGAUGGAGGCGGCGCUGGCCCGGAGGAGCCCCAGGAAGGCGCUGGAGGCGCUGUCCUCCCGCUUCUUCACCACCGUGCCGCACAACUUCGGCCGUAGCCGCCCGCCCGUCAUCGACCAACAGGAGAUCAUCGACAAGAAGAAGGAGAUGCUCAUGGUGCUGGCCGACAUUGAGAUCGCCCAGACUCUGCAGUCGGAGACGGAGAAGGCUCUGGCCGAGGAGAAGGUGGAGGACGUCCCUCACCCCGUGGACCAGAACUACAACUCCCUGAAGUGCAGCCUGGAGCUCCUAGAUGGCGCCACAGAGGAGUUCAAGGUCAUUGAAAAGUAUCUGAAGGUGACGGCCAACGACCACAACCCCCCAAAGAUCAACAACGUCUGGAAGGUCAAUCGAGAGGAUGAGGGGGCGCGCUUCCUCGAGAACGACAAGCUGGACAACCGGCGUCUGCUGUGGCACGGGACCAACAUCGCGGUGGUGGCGGCCAUCCUGAAGGGCGGUCUCCGCAUCAUGCCUCACUCCGGGGGCCGCGUGGGGAGAGGGAUCUACUUCGCCUCGGAGAACUGCAAGUCUGCUGGAUACGUGUGCACCUCUAAGAACACGGGCGUCAUGUUCCUGAACGAGGUGGCCCUGGGGAAGGAGUUCACCAUCACCAAAGACGACGGCUCCCUGAGGAAGGCUCCCGACGGCUACGACAGCGUGGUGGCCCGGGGCCACGUGGAGCCAGACCCCUCCAAGGACACCACCAUCACUCUGGAUGGCAAGGAGGUGGUGGUGGCCCAAGGGAAAGCCCUGAAUCAGAGUCGUUUCAAGCAGAGCCACUUCUCCAACAGCGAGUACCUCAUCUACAAGGAGAGUCAGUGUCGCAUCCGGUACCUUCUGGAGCUGAACAUGCACUGAGCGUAGGAGGAGGGCCUUGCGUCACUUCCUCACCCGUCUUAUGGGGUCUGGCUUGGAAGCUUUUGCUGCACUAUUUGCUUGUUUUUUGUCUAACUCAAGCUCUAGGAAUUAGGGUUAGCUAACCCUAUCUCAAGGUCUAAGAGUUAGGGUAAGCUAACUAAAGGUCAAAGAGUUAGGGUUAGCUUACCCUAACUCUUAGACCUUGAGACCUUUAGUUAUAAAUGCACUUAAUAGCUCGGUUAUAUAACUAUAUUUAUACCACGGUCUGCGGGAAUACCCGAUUCUGAUUGGAUGCAGGGUGUGCAUUAACUCCUGAUAUACGGACACCUGGACAAGUAGUUCCGUCAAAUUGUCUGUUUACCGUUCUCAAUGAAUGCGCUAGCUGGAAUAUCGUCUCUAAAAUAGUAGUAACCAUAGCAACGGGAAACAAAACAAAGCUGAGCGGACUAUAAUACCUCCCGCUACCUCCCGUUCUAAAGUCGUAGCUAUGGCCCGUCCUAAUUACUGGAGGAGUGAACAACGUUUCCGUUGCAUGAGAACCCAACGGGCGUGUAAUGGUGGUUCCGGGUAUUAGUCAGACCCUCAGGCGUAACCAGGCAAACAAAUGUAUGUUUUGUGGAAAACUUUAUAUUCGGAUUGUAAAACGCAUGAAAAUAUAAAUUAAUGGUCUUAAUUUGGUCACCGUUGGUAAGUGACCGUGGUAUAAGCGGGAUAAUGCCCUUCGAGGUGUCCAUUAUCAGGAAUUAAUGGACUUCGCGGACGGUUCACGCCUCCACGUCGUCCAUUAAUUCCUGAUAAUGGACACCUCGUCGGGCAUUAUCCCUUACAUAUAACUUGGAUAUUUUGGCCUGUUUGACUGGACAUUUUCCACAGUGAAUCGAUAAAAAGGUGCCUUAUAUAGUCGGCUCUGUCCCUCUAAAGAAUUGUUAACGCAUGGAACAUUUCUUGUCUUCUACCACUGGAAGUUUGUUAAAAUGCUAUCUUCUGUCCUUCUCCCUGGCUUCGCUUUCUUUUGUCACGAGAUAUUUUGAAGGCUUCUGAUACAUCUAGUUUGUGGUGUAGUUGCGAUUAAUAGGUUUUAGGGUGCAAUGUGGCCCUUAUUUAUCUAGAGCACCAUGCAUAGUUUUGCAAUUUGCACAGUUCGGUACAUCUAGAACGUAUGGAAAUCGAGAAGAAUGUACCUGCAUGCCAUGCUAUAUCUGCUACUCGGUAUCAUCUGAUGAAUACACUAGUGAUAAAUUAUGCACUAUAUGUUUACAGAACAUUUUAGAAAUAUAUGAGUACUGCUCUAGGGAUAUUGCAAUCAUUUUACAAAAAAUAUAUACUGUAGGUUUUUACUGCCUAAUAUUAUGGUUUAUUUUUACAUAGUUAUUACUAAAAGUUGCUUCGCUAUUUACCCAAAAUAUAUUCCGGUCAAGUUCUUUUCUCCACCACUGGGUGUCGCUGGCGUCCAUUCUGGUUCUAUGUUGAAUUCUACUGCCUUACCCUUUUUGCACCAUGACCGCCCUAUGAAGAGUCAAUAAACAGUACUGACCACCUCCCUUGAUGGUAAUGUUUGUUGUUUAUCAUUGAUAUUGUUGACAUUGUUAUAGCCUCCCACCUGUUGAACCAGAUGAUCUAGGGCGCCAUAAAUAAGUAGCAUAAUGAAUGUGAAACUGAUUUCCUUAUAUCAUGCACUUGUAUUAUAAUUCAUUUAGAAUAUUGAAAACAAUAUCG